UGUUUGUAUUUUUUUCUCUUUAGUUCUCAGGGUGUCACAAUUAGUCUGAAUACCACAUCUGGCAUGGUGACAUCAUUCGAGCUGUCUGACAACACUAAUGACCAGUCUGGAGAACAGGAAUCCGAGUAUGAACAAGGAGAGGAUGAACUUGUUUAUCACAAGUCCGAUGGCUCUGAAUUAUAUGCGCACGAGUACCCAGAAGAAGGACAGUAUGAAGGCCAUGAUGCGGAGCUGGCAGGAGAGCACAUUGAGUAUGUGGACGAGCCCGAGGAGGGGCAGCUGUACAGUGACGAGGUGUUAGACAUCGAGAUCAAUGAGCCUCUGGAUGAAUUCACAGGAGGCAUGGAAACUCUGGAACUGCAGAAGGAUGUAAAAGAAGAAUCAGAUGAAGAAGAUGAUGAUGAUGAAGAAUCUGGACGGUUACGUUUCAAAACCGAAAGGAAAGAAGGAACAAUUAUUAGGCUCUCAGAUGUAACGAGAGAGAGAAGAAACAUUCCAGAAACUCUGGAGCUUUCCGCAGAAGCCAAAGCCGCCUUGCUUGAAUUUGAAGAAAGAGAGCGACAGCAUAAACAGGGACGCUAUGGUUCAAGGCGGGGAGGAAGGAGAGGAGGCUCCAUGAUGUGUCGCGGAAUGGGAGACCAGAGAAGAGAGAACAGUGAGAGGGGGAGAGCCAAGGACCACAGACCUGCUCUGCUUGCCACGCAGCCGCCCGUGGUGACACACUCCCCAAGAUUAAUCCCUCCUCCACAGCCUCAGCCUCCACCCCCGCCGCCUCAGCAGCAGCCAAUCCGAAGCCUGUUCCAGCAGCAGCUGCAGCCCCUGCUUCCCCUACAGCACCCGCACCUGCCCUCGCCCCCCCAAGGAGUGCACGUGCCACCCCAGAUCGAGGCCCCACGGGUGAUGAUGACCCCUCCUCCCGCGAGCCCACAGCAGCCCAAGAACAUACACAUAAACCCCCACUUCAAAGGGGCAGUGGUGACGCCCGUGCAAGUGCCCUUGCUGCCGGCCCCUAGCCAGCCGAGACCUGCCGUGGGACCCCAGAGAUUCCCGGGCCCCCCAGAGUUCCCGCAGCACGCGCCUGGGCCUGUCCCCAGCAGCUUCAGCCAGCCCCCGCGACUUCCUCUUCAGGACCAGUGGAGGGCCCCGCCCCCGCCCCAGGAGCGAGACCCUUUCUUCUUGGGAGUUUCAGGUGAAGCAAGGUUCCCGAGUCACCUCUUUUUGGAACAACGAAGCCCCCCUCCACCGCCGCCUCCCCCUACGCUUCUUAGCAGUAGUCACCCCGUGCCUGCUCCCAGCCCUUUACCGUUCUCUCAGCCCGGACCAGCGUUCAGUCAGCAAGGACAGCAGCCGGUGUUCCCGAGAGAGAGGCCUGUACGGCCAGCCCUCCAGCCGCCGGGCCCAGUGGGGAUCCUUCACUUCAGCCAGCCAGGCUCAGCAGCCACGCGGCCUUUCAUUCCUCCCCGUCAGCCCUUUCUGCCUGGCCCGGGACAGCCAUUCCUGCCCACGCACGCGCAGCCCAGCCUGCAGGGUCCCCUGCACCCGCCCCUGCCACCUCCACACCAGCCACAGCCCCCGCCACAGCCGCCGCCGCCGCCGCCGCAUCAGCCCCCGUUGCAGCCGCCACCACAGCACCAGCCGCCGCCGCAGCCGCCGCCGCCACACCAGCACCAGCACCACCACCACCUGUCGGUGCCCCCGCCGCCGCUGAUGCCCAUGUCCCAGCCCCCGUUCAGGCCUCACAUGCAGACGGCCCAGCCCCAGCCUAACAGCAGUCGGAUGCAGUGCCCCCAGCGCCAGGGGCUCAGGCAUAGCACAGCCUCUCAGAGUGUCACCAAACGGCCAAUGCAGCAGAUGCAGCCAGCUGCUCCAAGAAACAGUAAUCUGCGUGAAUUGCCAAUAGCGCCGUCACAUGUCAUGGACAUGAGUAACAGUCGUUGCUCCUCCACACCUGCGGCUCAAGUAAAACCCAUGAUGAGCAGCACGUCCCCACCCGCCAGGCCUGGGGUGGGGUCCAGGCACUUGCAGGGCAAGGCUGAAGUGAAAGUCAAGCCAGUUAGCCCUGUGAUUCAGCCUGAAGAAGCAGCCAAGUCAGAACCAGAGUUUCCUGAUGAAGAUGAGGAAACGAGGUUGUAUCGCCUGAAGAUAGAAGAACAGAAGCGCCUCAGAGAAGAAAUCCUGAAGCAGAAGGAGCUCCGGCGGCAGCAGCAGGCUGGUGCUCGAAAGAAGGAGCUGCUGGAGAGGCUGGCUCAGCAGCAGCUCUGUGCCCCCACAGUGCCGGCUGAGCAGGAAGAGCUGGCGGCGCCCCUGGCACCCACCAAUGGUAAUCCACUGUUACCCUUCCCAGGAGCACAGAUCAGACAGAAUGUGAAAAACAGACUUCUUGUGAAGAACCAGGAUGUCACUGUUUCAGCCCUUCAGCCCAAAACGUCCAAUUUUGUGCCGUCUGGUGCUAACAUGCAGUAUCAAGGACAACAGAUGAAACCACUGAAACACUUGAGACAGGCCAGACCCGUACCUCACAGUCCUGCUCAGCACAAAGUCCUGCAGGUAAAGCCUGCAGAUGGAGAGGGGCUGCCACCCUCUGCGCUGACCACUCGAGUGGCGUCCCUCCAAGGCCGGCCCCCGGAUGCCAAGCCCGGCACGAAAAGGACUGUCAUGCACCGGGCAAACAGUGGUGGUGGAGACGUGCCACACGUCAGCUCCAAGGUCAGGGUGAUUAAGUUGUCAGGCGGGGGAGGAGAGAGUGAUGGCUUUUCCCACUCGGAGGGCCAACCGCAGCGGCUCCCGCAGCCCCUGGAAGUAAGACAGCAGCCUGCCCGCAAGGUGACGCUGACCAAGGGGGCCCUUCAGCAGCCCCAGCACCCUCCCAUGGGGACCCACGUGCACCCAGCUGGCCCUCCAGGCAUCAAGAACAUCCAGGGAAUUCAUCCGGCCAAGAAGGUGGUCGUGCAUGGGAGAGGCCGAGGAAUGGCAGGGGCCAUGGGCCGCGGGCGCCCGAUGCCGAACAAGCAGAACCUGCGGGUGGUGGAGUGCAAGCCGCAGCCCUGCGUGGUGUCUGUGGAAGGGCUGUCUUCGUCCACCACCGACGCGCAGCUCAAGAGCCUGCUGGUGUCCGUGGGGCCCAUCCAGAGUUUACAGAUGCUUCCCCAGCAACGGAAAGCCAUCGCUAAGUUCAAGGAGCCAGCCCAUGCCUUAGCAUUUCAGCAGAAGUUCCACAGGCACAUGAUAGAUUUGUCCCACAUAAACGUGGCCCUGAUAGUUGAGUGAUUUCUCACAGGAGAGGCUGACCUUUCACUGUCACAUGCUGUGGGAGUUCUGCAGGGAAGCUGCCGGCACAGAAUCCCCACGAGCUGGGGUCUCCAUCCACAGUCUUGUGUAACUAUUGUCCAGACAGCCACAUGACCCGGCCUUGAUUCCAGAAGAGCUGAACUUACGGGACAUGGCAGACUGCAGUUUGGUGUUAGAUUGCUUCAAAUUCUGUUGUCACCACGAAGGACUACAUUUUUGUUUCCUUUUUGUUUUCAAAGUGCUUACAAUGCAUGUGGACGUUGUUCUUCAUGAUCUUACCGUAUGAUCGAUCACAGUGACUUAGAUUCAGGAAAGAAUAUUAGCGUCACAAUUCUAAGUAUUUUGCACAGCAAAGAAUAUUUGAUAAUGGUUGCACUUAUCUUCAGUGCAGGCUAGACAAGUUUUCCCAACCAAGCUUAACUUUCAUUGUCUUCUCAGAAAGCCCUCAAAGGCUCUUGUAAAAACGUAGAUGAAAAUUGGGUGAUUCUGAUUUGACAGGUGCAUAUCCUGGAAAGCAGGGUGUCAGGGUGGUUGGGAGUGGUGCCAGGUGUGUGGCAGGUGAUUCUGCUUCUUAGAAAUAUUCCUAAAGCACCAACCCAUGUAUUCCUAGUUCCACAGGGAAGUAGCCACCCCUCGUUACGCUCUUGCCAAAUAAGAGAAAACGCUGGUAGGUCCUCCUGAGCUUCCCUGGGCUUGGAGAAGGUGUCAGUGUGUUCGCCCUCAUGGCGCCCCUGCUUCUGCGGGUCGCACAGCCGCACAAGGCAGAGGAACAGCCUGGAGCUUGAGUGGAUCUGUUUGGUUUUUCCUCUUUUUAAAGUAACCCAAAGUGGCACAUUUAUGUUACGGGCUCUGCGAUGUAUAAUAUUCUUUGGGAACCUGGUUAUCAUUGCUUUGAUUAAUUUUUUUAAGGCCUUUUGAGCAGGGGCUGUACUGUCCUUGAGUGGACCUAAUAUCAAGGUGACAUUUACGUGGGCAUGUCCCUCCUUGGGGUAUGUAGUGUGAGGGACGGCUGUCUUACAGAGCAGCAGGGCCCACAGUGAACUGUGUCUGUGUCACCCUGAACCUACUAGAGUGAUCUUGGGCAGGCUCCUGUAGGUGAGAGACUGAUUUCCCACAAAGCAAUCUUUAGUAAAAUUCAUUCUGGGCAAACACUGAAAAAAGUGCCUUACUGUAUUUCUGCUCAUGAAAGAGUUUCACUAUUUUGGAUUUCUCCUAAUGUAGUUGUGAAUUAUUUGAGCAAAUGAUACUAGGGCAUACUCAGACUUUUGUGCUAUAUUUUAUACCUAAGAUUUUACAUCCAGUUCGUUAAUAGAAAUAAGGGAAAUAGAAGCCUGUUAACUAUUUGUGCCUCUGGUCAGCCCAGCAAGGAGCAGCCGCGGACACGAAAGCCCGACAGCACAGCGGCCUUGUGCUCCUCUGCCUCCUGGGGGGCCCAAGGCAUGGGCCGCGGGAGCUCCUAGCAUCUUGUUCUCGCAGUUGAAAUUUUAUAUUACUCACCAGAAGGGGAGGAGCCCAUUCCAGACUCUGCGAGACUUUCUGUAGUGUUGCUUCUGAAGUGGCACUUCUGAAGUGGCACUGUGCGCUGAGGGCAAGUGUGGGAGAGCAAGGGGCUCCUAGAGGUGGCUGUCCGCCAGCCGGUUCCAGGCCCAGGAAACCACAGGCACUCGUAGAUACACCAGAACACCCCCCAGCUGAGGGGCCCGGCCACCCUUGUUCCAGAAAGUGCCUUCCUAGCCCUGCAGGAGGCUUCUGUGUGCCAGCCGUGCCCUGAGACGCUCCCUGGGUCGUCCUGGGGUCAGUGCUGUGUGCCGUCAGCUGCGGGACACAGGUGUCUCUGCCCCCUUGGCAUAUGUAGGUGCAGAUGGGGAUGUAUGCAGAGUCAUUUCUUCGGGUCUCUCCACAGAGAGCUGCAUUGAAAUGAUGAGUUUCGUAGUCCAUAGGCUGUAAGAGACCCAGACCACUUCUGCGCUGGUUAGAGGGAAGGCUAACAACUGAUGGACUGAUCUUAUUACCAAGAACUUACUGACACAAUAAGUGAAUUUAACAAAUUUUUACCACUCUCUGAAAUAGUCUGAGUGUGCUGUGGCUUUGAAACUAAGAAUCUGCAUGUUGUCUCUGGAAAGUAGGCUUUUAAGUGUACUUUUUUCUAGUUAGUGAUGAUGAACUAACCCUGUUUGGGCACCAUUGUUCAAGGCGGACCUCAUGGCUACUUAAGGUCUAUUUUUGGCAUGGUCUGAGCGUGACAUGGGUGCCCCGGGAUGGGACAUGUGUGUCUGUAAUUGUCUGCACACACACCUAAGGAAACUUCCUUUGAUACGAUGUUUUUGAAAGACCAGUAGCAAAGCUGAACUGGGUCUUCACUAAAAGCACUGGUUAGAAUGGCUCAGUGCAACUGGCCUCUGUCAGCGCGCACAGCCAGUGGGUGUGGACUUCAGUAGCGCCAGCCCAGUCCAGUAGCAAAGGCUAUUAGUCUCCUGGAUACUGUGGAAAAGCAGGGAAGCAGAACUAGAAGGCAGUGUUGUUUGCAUUUUUGGGGCACUUCUCACAGUGAAAUCAGACACCAUAAGCGAGCCCUCUUGGAAGAUCUGUUGCAACCAUUAUCUUUGUUCUUUACUUACCAUGCAUUUAAAAUGAGAUGCAAAAGCAUUUAACAUACUGUGUAAAUAUGGAUCUUUUAAAAUUAAAACCUUAUUGGAAAUAUUUUCAAUUCAGCAACAUCUGAGUAGCUCUAUGUUAGUUCUUUUCGUGUUGUCUUACCAGAGUUUAAUGGAUAUAGUUCCGUAAGUGUUGAUGUUUUGUGUCUAUGUUCGACUUUUAUAAAGAUGGUAGUAAGUCAAUACAUUCACCCUGACCUGUGUAUCAUUUGUUCACAAAGUCAAGAAGCUUAAAGCCAGUAAAUACCAAUAUAUCUCAUAAGGUGAAUAUAUGGGGUGACUGGCACCAAGGCACUUUUCUUCUGGCAUUACCUUGUUUUGAUCAUGUGAUGUAUUAAGUCCGCCCAGCUGCUGUCUGAGCGUAACCUUUGCAUUACCAUUGGUCUGGCCACGUUUGUUGAAUCCUCAUACUGGUAGUCCUCUAAAGGAAAAAUCUCAUCUCUUUUUUCCUAAAAGAAACGGAAGGUUCUGCCCUUCUGGACAAGACACCUUUGUAGGCACCCCAGGGGAGUGGAAGAGAAGGGGCCUCAUAACUCUUUGAUUUGGGUUUUUUGAUUUGGUCUUUCUCAUGGUUUGUCAAGGUCCCGGAAAAACAACUGUCUACCCUUGGUUCUCUAGCAUUUCUGGUCUGUGACAGAGCGUAGAUCUUUUCUCCAAGCUUUGUUGCUAGAAGGAGGCUGGAGAGGUGUCCGGGGUGAAGGGGAAGGAGGAGAGGUGGGGGCGGGGGUGGGGGUAGAGGCCUGUGUUAAUAAGGGGUUUUGUUCUUACACCCUGACUCUAAGGGGAGUCAGUGCCAGCCGGAGCCCCACGGUGGCCUCGGUGGACGAUGGCUCUCCCUGCAGGGAAGGGUGCCUCUACCUCGGCCCCAGGGGCCGGCAAGCAGAGGCCUGGCGGGUCAAGCUUGGGGCUGGUAAGACCUGAGGUCCAGCCCUGCUUCAAGGGUUGAUUUUGAGAACCUAUCACUUCCUUUCUUUUUCCUUUUUUGUUUUUAUUUUUGACUUGUGGUUUUUGUUUUGUUCCGUUUAUUUUGUGUUUUAUUUUUUUUGUUAUUUAAUUGAAGGUAAGCGCCACUGCUGGUAGCCUUUGGGCUGACAGGGACCCUGUUUGAGGACAGUGGGGAUUCGGCAGGUGCUGCGUGCAGCAUGCCUAGAGUUGCCCCCUCAGUGUCCUGCAGAGAUCCCCUGCCGGCUGUUGGGAAGCGCAUCCCCAGUGAGUGCCCGCUGCCCCCGGGCACAUGGCUUCCAGCUCAGUCCCUGUCACUGUACCCUUGUUGGGGUCAUUUUUAAUUCUCCCUUCCUUCCUGCUUGUAGGUCUCCUUUCUGGCCUCACAGACUCACUGAUAGACCUACUUCACUUUUCUUUAGUCAGGGAGAGCCCCCCACCCCACCCCACCCACCCCCUGGGGGGUAGUUUGGAGUGGGAGUUGUUAGGGGAGAAAAACCAGAAAGUUUUUGUUGAGUCUUUACAGAUUAAGUGACAGUUUUCUUAAAGAGAAUCCCCUGAUGGGGGUAGGGGGGUGGAUGAUAAGAGAUGGGACCGGGAGGGGCCCCCACCCCCCGCCAGUGAGGAAAGCCACCAGAGUACAUUAGUUGGCGGCAAGUUUAGAUAUUUUAUUGUGUUCGGUGAGCAUUUCAGUUAUCCUUUUCAACUAUUUUUAAAGCUUGUGAAUAAGUGUAAUUUUGGACAUUGGUAAAUAUGAAGUCUUCCAAGGCAUUUAAGCCUUGAUUUACUAUUAAAUCCUAAGGAUUUUGUGUAAGGUUUUUUUGCAACCUAUUUAAUUUUCAUCAUUUUAAAGUACCCGUGGUUUUGUGCCCUAGAACCAGAGCAGAGCCCACUGAUUCAUAUUGGAUCCCAUGUAUACCUCCUGCUGGUAGCUAUGGUUGGGAAGGAUCAUUGGUUUACAGACUGUAACCUGCCUCUUCUAGAGAAUGUUUAAAAAAAUCUUUUCUGUGCCAUGUUUUGAUAGAAAAUCUUAGUUUUAAUUAAGAAGAGCAGGUAGAACAGGUAUUUUUCAUGAGAAAUUACUUUUUCCUUUUCCUUUUAACCAAUGAAAAUGUAAAAAGGUCUGGAUGUUGGUGUUUGGUAUAUUUAACUCAUUUUGAAAGGUAUGUAGAAAAAUAUAGGCCCUUUAAAACAAAAGCAUUUAACAUUUUACUCUGCUGCACAGAGUGGACAGACAGGUACUAUUUUAAUGCAGCCUGUGUUUCUUAGUAAUUUAAUAUACUCUAGAAAGUAGAUGUCAAGACAUCGUUUUAGAAUGAUUUUCUUUUAAACCGCUUUUCAUUUUUAGGGCCCACACAGAGAGGAAGGACUGUUCCCAUUUGUGUGCACGGUAGUAUUGUCUUAGAAUAUGUAAUUUGGGUUUUCAAAACCACACACACAGCACCCACUUCACACUCGACAGAAGAGAUGAUGACUUGUCUUCAUACUUCAGCUUUGCUUUUCACAGGCAUGGGAUCCAGAGUGGUUUUCCCGUGGGAGGAUUUUAACUCCAGUCUUUAAUUCCAUCGUUUAACUUUCAGGUUCAGCGAUAUCAAAGCCUGAGAUCUAAUUUUUUUUUCUUCCAUUUCUGAGCUGGUUCUCUUGGUUGGGUGUCCAUUCUCGUCUGGCCCCUGCCGCCUGGUGGCCAGACCUCCUCUGCUCCACUGUCCUUCCCAUUCUCUCUUGCUUGCCUCGCCAAAACCCAUCCGCCGUCCGCCGUGAGAGCCCUUUCCAGGCUGCCGCCCUCUCUUCUUCUGCUUGCCUGUCUCUGGAUGUCUGCCCCUCCCACCACCCGCUCUUAGUGACAGUCGGCACCGAAUUCUUGCCCCUCCACCCAUUUUAACAUUCAGAGCCCCCCUGGGGGUUCUAAGUGCUGGGAGUACUUUUGCCAUGUGUUACAACCCAUCACAUCUAAACCUUUGCUUCAACAGGUUUUUACUCUUGGUUUAUUCCUCCAGGUCUUGGUUGGAGAGCAUAACAUUUGACUUGUGUUAUUUUGCAGUUUGACAGGAGUGUGUGGCGCUCCAGAGAUGCUACCAGCACCCUGCAGCCUGAGGGUCGCAGCGUGAUUGAUUAAUCACCCUUCUCUACUCUUGCAGGACCUCUUUUGCAUGAGUUCAGUGUUAGUAGUAGCGCUGUUGUUCCGCUCGGAAGUGACGGCCUGUUGACCCUUUGUCACUGCUCUCGCUGACGGUGAUCCUUCCUAACCUUAUGCGAAUGCGCUGUACACGCUGGUCCAGGCCAGCCUCGAUGUGGAGUCUGAAGCUGUGUGUAUUGGCAGUGCGUUCAGAGUCCAGAACUUGAGAGAUGCUCAAUUGCUUUCCUCUGGGUUGACCUGCUUCGUGCUUUCUGCCAAACACACUGCACUGAAAUUUGUUGGAAAAUGAUGUUGCCUUGAUUUUUACCCCGUUUUUCCCUUUGCAAUAAUCGCUGUGACAGCUUUGUCAGGAAUGUAUGUGAAGAACAGUAAUGACUUAGUUGGAAAAGAAUGUAUUGUUGUGUAUCAUUUGUGUGAUUUCAUGCUGACGGAUGUAUCUUAACUGUAUUGUAAUUGGAAAGAUGUGUGAAUAAAAUACCAUGUGGCUUCCGCUCUU